AAUCCAGUUCAUAUCAUCUCUCACCGCAGACCAAGAAGGUUGUGCAAAAAAAAAACAUGCAAAAACUCAGAGUAUUUUUGUUGGCUCUUGCAGCUUUAUGUAUAAGUUGUGAAGCAAAGUAUUUUGCGACAAAUUGUGAAUUGGUGCACGAAUUGAGGAGACAAGGAUUCCCUGAAGACAAAAUGAGAGACUGGGUUUGCCUCAUCCAGAACGAGAGUGGCAGGAACACAUCAAAGAUGGGUACGAUCAACAAGAACGGUUCUCGGGACUACGGACUGUUCCAGAUUAACGACAAGUACUGGUGUAGCAAGACCAGCACUCCUGGCAAGGACUGCAACGUUACUUGUGCUGAAAUGCUGUUGGACGAUAUUACCAAGGCAUCGAAAUGCGCCAAGAAGAUCUACAAACGUCACAAGUUCCAGGCGUGGUACGGCUGGCGUAACCACUGCCAGGGAACUCUGCCCGACAUCAGCAAAUGCUAAACUGAAGAUCUUUGAGCUUUGUUCGUACAGCGACAAUUAGAACCUAGAACUUUAAAACCACGUCUUACAAGUAAUAUUAGUGUGUGGAUGCGAGACAGCACAUAAGAGACGUACAGUUUCAUCUCUCUCCCACGCCCACAUUAAUUUACUUUAAGACGUCGUGGUAGACCUUACAGUAUAAUAAUGCAGAGAUUAAGAUUUGUUAGAAGAUAAUCUUGGCCCCUCACACGUACCAUCUAUCGUAUUUACUGAAAUACUUUCUGUCUGAUAAUAACUCACAUUCGAGUGUCGCAAUAUAGCUUUACUGUAUUAUGUAAGAUAUUUUAUCAAUAUACAUAUACAAUUUUUAUAA